AUGUUCUCGAAUAUCUACAGCUACGCCGAUGCCGGCACCAGUGAUCUCUUCCACCUAACCUAUCUGUCUGUUGAUCAGGAGAUCGCCAACCGGACUUUCAUUUACAAGGCUGCCACUGAUGACGCCUCGGACCCCCUGCUUAACCCCGCUCACGUUCUGAUCGGAAAGGACAGCAAGAACGAGAAGAUGGCGGACAAGUUCACUCAGUGGGCUAUUAGUGCUGAGGGCCAGGCCAUUGAAGUGACGACUAGCUUGAGACUUUGA